AUGGUUAUGAAGUUCCUGCGGACGUGGUCGCAGUACUUCACCGAGCACUUGGCCCCAGUGGUCGAGACCAUUCCGGAAUACGAUCUACCAUUACAUAUUGAUAUACCCUCCAAUCGUGAGCGCGUGGCUUACAUGCGUUCGAAGCUUACUCCGAUCCUGUUUCAUACGUUCCCUCUGGAGAACAUACCGUAUUCCAUUUUCAGUCCGUUUCCGGUAAAUCGCGUUGACGUCUACCUCACUGGGCAACAAGUGCUCGUUCUGUAUCAACGCCUCUCUCUCCUGUUCCGCGAUUUUCUUGCAUCUCGAGCUCUUUCUAGCGAGGACUUCAAGGAAGUCGUGAAACUCAGUCGGCAGGACGUCCUCAGCGCUUUCAUCGUUACCGCCAUAUCUGUAAGCCGCGGCGAGCCAAUAACCCAAGUAACAAACGUGGUCAAUUGUAGGGGCUUCAAUCCUGCUAUUGUUCCAGAAGACGCCGCCGGGAAUGCCCUUCUGUAUGCUCUCACCGACAUUGUCCAAUCUCCAGGGCUGGAUCGCGAGUCGCUUGGCGGUACCAUCAUUUCCUAUGCGCAUGCAAUUCGUCUUUCGCUCCAGGCCGCCCGUGAGCCACAAUACGUACAUGAUUUCCUUGCGCUCGCAGGGCAGGAAUGGCUGGCCGCUGCUCGCGCGAAUCGUGGUCACUACAUCGCGGAAACUCCAGGUCACGUUGUUAUCAAUUCAUACUACCGCAUUGAUUGGGCAUCGGUUCAUUUCGGCUCGCCAGGGAAGGUCUGCUGGCAGCACCCCGACCACAUCAUGACUGACAACUACAUUAUGAUGUUCCCGUCCAAUCCCACCCGCGGAAACCACGGGGUAUGGAGAACCGACGACGGUGCAUGUGAGAUGACGUUCAAUGUGAAGAAGGGGAUGGAGGAGAAGCUGGAGGUUGCCCUUGCUCUGUUAUGGGAUGUCGUCGUCGGCAGCCCAAGUGGGCCCGCUUUCAAGACAUCCCAAGUAGCGUUCUAG